GAUAAUUUUUGUGGUCGAAAAUUUUCAUCCGUACUGAUAUGAUGUGUUUUCUUAUGAACAUUUCUGUUCAUCAUUGCCAUUAAUCAAAAAGAGAAUAAGAAAGUCUGGCUAAAUAGUAAAACUCACGCGGUAUAUGUCUUUUGUUAUUCAUCCGUUUCUUUGAUUUGAUUUCUUCUCAUGGCAGUGCCAGAAUCUUCCUCUUCAUCUUCCUUCAGUUAUGGAUUCACCUAUGAUGUGUUCCUCAGCUUUAGAGGAUUAGACACUCGCUAUGGUUUUACCGGAAAUCUCUACAAAGCACUUCUUGACCAAGGAAUCCACACAUUCAUUGACGAUGAAGAGCUACAAAGAGGACAUGAAAUCACACCAUCACUUUUAGAGGCAAUUGAAGAGUCAAGAAUUGCCAUAAUUGUACUUUCUAAAAACUAUGCAUCUUCAUCAUUUUGCUUACAAGAACUUGUCAAGAUCCUUGACUGCAUUAAGGGGAAAGGUAGAUUGGUUUGUCCAAUCUUUUAUGAUGUGGAUCCUUCUGAUGUGAGGAAGCAGACAGGAUCUUACGGUGAAGCUUUAGCUAUGCAUGCAGAGAGAUUCAUUGAUAUCUUGCCAAAAUGGAAGAUAGCUUUGCGACAAGUAGCUAACUUGUCUGGCUGGCAUUUCAAAAUUGGGGAUGGAUAUGAAUAUGAGUUUAUUGGAAAGAUUGUUGAACAUGUUUCCAAGAAAAUCAACCGUAUGGCUUUACCCGUGGCUGACUACCCGGUUGGACUUAAGCCUCGAAUGCUAGAAAUAAAUUCACUUCUUGAUGCUGGGUCUGAUGAUGAGGUCAAAAUGAUCGGCAUCCAUGGAAUUGGAGGAAUAGGGAAAACUACACUUUCUAUUGCGGUUUAUAACAUGAUUGCCGACCAAUUUGAAGCUUUGUGUUUUCUUGAAAAUGUGAGAGAAAAUUCAAACAAACACGGGUUACAACAUCUCCAAAAGAUUCUUCUUUCUGAAACACUUGGAGAGAAGAAAAUUAAGUUAUCAAGUGUCAAACAAGGAAUUUCAAUAAUAAAACAUAGACUCCAGCAGAAAAAAGUUCUUUUGAUUUUAGAUGAUGUUGACAAAAUAGAACAACUGGAGGCCUUGGUUGGAGGGUCUGAUUGGCUUGGUUCCGGAAGCAGAGUUAUUAUUACAAGUCGAGACAAACAUUUGUUUGAAAGUCAUGGGGUUAACAGAACAUAUGAAUUAAAUGUGUUAGAUGAGAAAGAUGCUCUUCAAUUGCUUACUUGGAAAGCUUUUAAAGCAGAGAAAUUUCAUCCUAGUUACUUGGAUGUCAUGAAACGCGUAGUAGCCUAUGCUUCGGGACUUCCAUUGGCUUUAACAGUAAUGGGUUCCAAUUUAUUUGGAAAGAAUAUACAAGAAUGGGAAUCUGCAUUACAUCGAUAUGAAAUCAUUCCUAAUAAAGAGAUCCAAAAUAUACUCAAAGUAAGUUUUGAUGCUUUGGAGGAAGAUGAACAAAGUGUUUUUCUUGACAUAGCUUGUUUCUAUACAGGAACAAAACAUACAUUGACAAGUGUAGAAAAGAUGCUUCAUGUUCAUUAUGAUGCUUGCAUGAAAUAUCAUAUUGGAGUAUUGGUUGAAAAAUCUCUCAUAAAGAUUAAUUGGUUUGGUGGAUUCAGUGUGCAUGACUUGAUAGAAGACAUGGCUAAAGAAAUUGUUCGAUUGGAAUCACCAGACGACCCUGGAAAACGUAGUCGUUUAUGGUUUCAUGAAGAUAUAAUUCAAGUUUUAGAAGACAAUACAGGAACUAGUGCGAUUAAAACCAUAUAUCUGAUGUGUAAAAACUAUGAGGUAGAAUUGGAUGAAUCAGCCUUCAAGAAGAUGAAAAAUCUCAAAACUCUCGUUAUCAAAGGUGGCCAUUUUUCCAAAGGACCCAAGUAUCUUCCAAAUAGUUUAAGAGUAGUCGAAUGGGAAGGAUAUCCUUCAGAAUAUUUACCACAUGAUUUUCAUCCAAAGAAACUUGCCAUAUUGAACUUACCAAAAAGUUGCAUAACAUCACUAAAGUUGGCUGACUCAUUGAAAAAGUUCUUGAAUAUUAAGAUUUUGAAUUUUGAUGAGGCAGCUUGUUUGACUGAAAUACCUGAUGUGUCUUCUCUCUUAAAUUUAGAAGAAAUUUCAUUUAUAAAUUGUAAGAGUUUAAUUACAAUUCACGAAUCUGUCGGGUUAUUCGAUAAACUUAAAGUCUUGAGUGCCAGAGGCUGUAGUAAGCUUAGAAGAUUUCCACCUAUCAAAUUGAUGUCCCUUGAGCAACUUGAUCUUUCAUUUUGCCUGAACCUCGAGAACUUUCCGCAAAUACUGGGGAAGAUGGAAAAUUUAACGGAACUUGUGCUGGAAGAAACUCCAAUAAUAGAAUUGCCAUGUUCAUUCCAAAAUCUUACUCAUCUUCAAACAUUACAACUACGUUAUUGUGGAACGUUUAGUUUGCCAAGUAACUUUUUCAUGAUGCCAAAUUUGGUUGAGAUUAUUGCUUGGAAAUUAGAAGGGUGGAUAUUGCCAAAGCAAUCUAAGAGUGAACAAAGAAUUAUUUCAACGCUGUCUUCGAAUGUAGAAUGUCUUCGUCUCCCAUUAUGCAAACUAUCAAAUGACUUUUUUCAAACAGGUCUCAUAUGGUUUAGAAAUGUGAAAGAGUUAGACUUAUCGGGUAAUAAUUUCACAAUUCUUCCCGAAGGAAUUAAAGAAUGUCAUUUGUUAAGGAAUCUUUGUUUGGAUUAUUGUCAGUAUCUUCGAGAAGUUAGAGGAAUACCGCCAAACUUGGAAAUAUUUUCUGCACGAUUGUGUAAAUCUUUGACCUCUACAGAAAUGUUACUGAAUCAGGAAUUGCAUGAAGCUGGAAGUACCAUGUUUAAGUUGCCGGGAUCUAGAAUUCCAGAUUGGUUCGAGCACUGUAGUAGCAGAGGGUCAAUUUCUUUUUGGUUUCGUAACAAGUUUCCUGCUAUAGCUCUUUGUCUUGUUCCCGAUUCGAUGUUUGUCACAUCUUCAAUUUAUCCUACCGUGAUCAUCAAUGGCAAUAAACGUGACCUUGACUCUAGGGACACAGAUGAAUACGGUGAACCUUGUUUGUCGAUUGAACCAGAUCAUACAUAUAUUUUUGAUCUUCAAAAGAUGAAGUUUGAAGAUAAUUUAGAUGAAGCACUUUUAAACAACGAAUGGAACCACGUAGAGAUUAUGUAUACGGAUGCAAACAAUCACUCAAUGCUUAUAGAAAGUGGAAUCCAUGUAUUCAAACAGAAGAGUAGAAUAGAGGAUAUUCGAUUCACCAACCCGUGAAGAAAGAUCAUAUUAGAUGAUGAUCUCAAAAAUCUCCAAGGUAAAUUAUUUUGUUGUGUGUUGUCAGUUUAACUACAUACUGAUACUGUUUUACUUUGAAUUCAUUUUGUACUUGCAAAUGGACUCAUGAUGGUUCAGUUAAACAUAUAUUUCAUAGUGAGAUGAUGCUCGAGAUCAAUACAUUAAAAACAAGACAUAAUGGAAUAAUACUAACUUCGCAAUUCAUUGAAACAGUACUAAAAAAUUACAUAGGUUCAAGUAGUAUCAAAUUAAACUCAUCUAGAGACAUAAUCUUAUGAGAAUUAAGCUACUCAUAAUUGGAACCGAAAUUGCUAUAGAAUUAAGAGAUGAAUACAUAUGAUUAGGAAUGAAUGAAGACUUCAAUCUUGUUUCCAUGGAGAAAAAUCCAAUCUUCAACUAUGAGAUAAUCUUCAAAUUUCAAGCAAAAUUCGGAACCCCAACCCUAUUGCCAAGAGCUCUAUUUAUAGAUCUAGAGAUGGAUCAGAUCAUGUGCCUUCCCACACAUGGCCCUAACCCUAAGAGCCCCGCGCUUUUCUUUCUUAAAUACGUGGCAGUCAGAGAUUGGGCAAAAAGCGCCUCACAUUUAUUAAAAAAUUCCUCAAAUGCGGCCAGGCGCAAACAACAGAAUGAAAUAGGAUCAUCAACUCUUCAAAAGCACCCCAUGCAUUUAACAGGUCCAAAAACUACUAAAAUUCUGCUCCUUUCUUCAAUUACAAGCAAUCUCUAAUUGUAUGCAACUAACUACUAAACUGUGAUAAAAACCUCUACCUAAACUAAAUUGAAAUGAUCUAAAAAUGGAUGUAUGACCAAUAGUCAUAAAAAAUUAAUUUACACUAACAGAACAUAUAUUAAAAGCUUAAAAAAUUAGCAGAUGCCUAUAUAGACAUUUUUGUUAAAAUUUCAUGUGUUCUAAGAUGCAUAUGUGAUAUAGGAUUAUUGUUUUUAUACUAAAACUUUAAUAUUUAUUCAUUCAUUUAAAUUGAUAUUGAUAAUCAAAUAUAUAAACAUAAAUUCAACAUGAUUAGAAGUAAAAAAGAUAAAUUUGUGAACGCAAAAUUCACUACAUUAUUCAAAUUCAAAUUAAUAUAAAAUAAUAAAGGUGAACACUCCGGUACACGUAUUAUGUGGACGUGUACCGGUACACCGCUGAGGUGUAUAAUUUUAAUUGGUUCACGUGUAAUGAUAAUUUAACAUGUCAUUUCAAUACUUAUUUAAAUAUAAGUUUUCUAAAUUACUCUUUUAAUUUACAAAAAUUUCAAAAUGACACUCAUAAAAAUUAUUGUAAUUUUAAGAUCUUAAAACAUGUUAUGGUAAAUUACUCUCUUGAAACAUUUCUCUUGUGUGUCUCUGUUCUCAUACCUUCAAUUUUGGCUUCAUCCCGACGAUGCCGCCUCUCUCCACAGCAUCGUUCUUCUUUCACCGCCACUUUUUACGGUUUUCUUGUCUUAAUUCUCUGUUCUUGAAUCUUCUAUUUUUAGGAUUUUUCAAAGUUUGGGAAAUUGGUCUUCUUCUCUCUUCUUAGUUUCAUUGGCUUGGUAAAGGGGAGAUCCGCCGCAUCACAUGCUCUCACCAAAAUCACACGAGUUUUCACGCCGAACCACCAUCGUGUUGCCGCUGUAACCUGAGUUCGCCGCCACCACCGACCUUUGAACAACAAACACAUCAGGAUUAACGAGUAUAAAGUAGACAUCUAAUUCAUAAAGAUUACCAAUUUUGAAGCAAACAUGGAUAAUGGUAGAGAUGCUAAUGAUGUUGCUAUGUGAUCAUGAUUCUCAUGGCUGCAUAAUUCACCAUGCUGAGCUGGUGUGCUGUUAAUGUAGUCAUUGAUCUUGUAUUAGUGUAGGUUGAUUUUUGUUAAUCGAUAUUGUAUCAGACGCUUUUCUUGUAAUGCUUCUAGUAAUGAGACAUGUUGUCUUGGCUAGGUUGUGAGCCACACCGUUCUAUUGUGGCCUAACAAAACUAGCAUCAAAGCUUGUGUAAAUAAUUCAAAACACCUCUGAAAGAUUGCUCCAGUGUCUUAUGGAUUUGAGAGACCCUUAGUGUGGGGGUCAACUACUAAUUUUACUUUUUUUUUAUUUACGAAAAAACUACUAGUUUACUUUUGAGCUAAAAA